AUGUCUUAUGAACAUAGGCUGAUGAAGGAGGGUUGGGAUGAGAAACGAUAUCCUGAUAACUACAGAAAUGAGGAAAGGAAGCAGUGGGAGUGUGACUGUGGACCUGACUGUGGUAAUAACCUCUGCUGUGAUGAAACAUGUAGGCUGAAGGCAACAGCACUGUGUAGUUCUGGACCUUGCUGUAAUGAAACGUGUGGAUUUCUAGAAAAGGGAAUCAUGUGCCGUUCUCCUUUUGGAGAGUGUGACCUCCCAGAGUAUUGUGAUGGUAACUCUGACAGAUGCCCCACCAACACAUACAAGCAAGAUGGUACACCUUGUGAACGAGUUCACUAUUGCAUUGAAGGUCUGUGCAAGACUGCUGAUUUUCAAUGUGUAAACGUUUUUGGAUACCCUGCAAGGUCAGCCCCAGAAGACUGUUAUAUUUCCAUGAACACUAAAGGGGACCGGUUUGGAAACUGUGGCCUUCCCACUUCAGAUAACCAGGAAUAUGUAAAGUGUACAGCUGAAAAUAUAUAUUGUGGGAAAAUUAUAUGUACAAAUGUUAAAAAUAUACCAGUGGUCAAACCCAUGCACACAAUGAUCCAGGUGCCUCAUAGGGAUGACUGGUGCUGGAGCAUGGAUGCCUAUAAUAAUACUGAUAUCCCUGAUGAUGGAGAUGUGGAUGCUGGCACACGUUGUGCUCCAGAAAAAAUCUGUCUGAAUUACUCCUGCAUUGAUCAUGCUGUGCUGAACUACGACUGUGAACCAGGACGAAUGUGUAAUGGGAAAGGAGUUUGCAACAAUUUAAAGCACUGCCAUUGUGAGGCUGGCUAUGCCCCUCCUGACUGCACAACUAUAGGAACUGGGGGUAGUGUGGACAGUGGCUCUCCUAUUGUACAACGGGAAUCUGAAAGUGCCGUCAAUGUUGCCAAACAUGAACAUUUCAUAAACAAUAGGAGCAUAAUAUUUCUCAUACUUUUUUUCCUGCUAUUAAUAUUAGUAACUGCUUUUAUCACCCUUUUGUGUAAACAUUCAAGAAAAGCUCCUCCAGAGCCCAAAGAAAAGGGUUCAGAAGAGGCAGCAGAAGAGGUUCAGCCAGAAGAAGAGGAAGAGGAGGAAGAAGAGGAAGAGGAGGAAGAAGAGGAAGAAGAGGAAGAAGAGGAAGAAUCAGAGCCAUAAAAGUAGUGAGAGGAAGAAGCUAAAUAUAUCAAACAUCUCAAGCACUGAGUGGGAAUGAGGCUCAGGGAAGUACAAGUGAAGUGGGAAUUGAUGGCUUGGGGAUGGGAUCUGAAUAAAAAUAUAUCAUCUAUAAAAAUACAAUAAUGUAGGAGGAGGGAUUCAUCCACUUUUGGAACUCAUUUUAGUAAUUAAGCUUUUAUUUAUUUAAUAUAUUAAAUAUUUUACUUUUUCUUUUCCACAUUUCAUUUGAACUCUUCACAUGCAUCUGUAGACAUCAAUGUAUUUGUUUUGGGCCAAUUUUUCCAUUCACCAGAAACUUUUUUAGUACAUGCCAUCUCUCAUCUAAGUUGUUUGACAUGUACUACUGCAUUUGCCUGCAUUUAUUACUUUCACUUUGUAAGUAACCACUACCUAUUAUGAGGGUAGUUGUUUGUGUGGUCAUUUUAAUUUGCCUUAUAAAUGUACAUUCAUUAAAUGAAGAGUGUUUAAACAUAAAAAUAAAUAAAACCCUAUUCAGAUUAUA